CUUUCACCGCCCUUUCACAUCAUAUCAUCACAUACAAUGGCUGUCAAGAAGAUUUUGCUUCUCGGAUCCGGCUUCGUCGCCGAGCCCUGCCUUGAGUAUCUCUGCCGUCGCUCAGAGAAUAAGAUCACCAUCGCUGCCAGACGUAUUACCAUUGCCCAGGAGCUCGCUGCUGGCUAUCCCGGUACCACCGCCAUCUCCCUCGAUGUCAGCGACGAGGUUGCAUUGGAUGCCGCUGUUGCCGAACACGACCUUGUCAUCUCCUUGAUCCCCUACACCCACCAUGCUCAGGUCAUCAAGUCAGCCAUCAAGGCCAAGGUUCAUGUUGUCACCACCUCCUAUGUCUCUCCCGCCAUGAUGGCCUACGACGAAGCUGCCAAGGCUGCCGGCAUUGUUGUCAUGAACGAAAUUGGUGUUGACCCUGGUGUCGAUCACUUGUACGCUCUCAAGACCAUCAACGAGGUUCACGCCGAGGGUGGAAAGGUCCUUUCCUUCUUGUCAUACUGUGGUGGUCUCCCCGCCCCUGAGGCCUCCAACAACCCUCUCGGCUACAAGUUCUCGUGGUCGUCGCGCGGAGUUCUCUUAGCCUUGAAGAACAACGCCAAAUUCUACGAGAAUGGCGAAGUUGUUGAAUACUCGGGCGAUGAUCUCAUGAACUCGGCCAAGCCUAUUCCCAUCUACCCCGCAUUCGCCUUUGUCGGUUACCCCAACCGCGACUCGACCCCUUACAAGGAGCGCUACAACAUCCCUGAGGCCCAAACCAUUCUCCGUGGUACCCUCCGCUAUGCUGGAUUCCCCGAGUUUGUCAAGACUUUGGUCGAUAUUGGGUUUUUGGAGGAUGCUCCUCAGGACUUUUUGGCUCCCAAUGCCGCCGAGAUUGCAUGGAAUGAUGUUCUCGCCAAACGUCUUGGAUCUUCUAGCAAUGCUGAGGCUGACCUUGUUGAGUUGAUUAAGGAAAAGUCUUCGAUCAAGGGAGCAGAGAUUGAGCGCAUUAUCAAGGGCAUGAAGUGGCUCGGUAUGUUCUCGACGACGCCUGUUCACCGCCGCGGUAACUAUCUCGACACGCUGUGCGCGACUUUGGAGGACAAGAUGAUGUAUGCCAAGGGCGAGCGUGAUAUGGUUAUGCUCCAGCACCGCUUCGAGGUCGAGCUCAAGGACGGUACCAAGCAAACCCGCACAUCUACUAUUCUUGAAUACGGUAACCCCGAGGGCGCCAGUGCUAUGGCCCGCUUGGUCGGCAUGCCCUGCGGGGUUGCUACCCAGUUGGUAUUGGAUGGCGUGAUCAACAAGCCCGGCGUCCUCGCACCCAUGUCCUCGGACAUCAACGAUCCGCUCAUCAAGGCCAUUGAAGCCGAGGGUGUUGUCUGCCACGAGGAGAUCCUGUAAAGAGCGAGAAAAGAUAGAAAAUUGUCAGCUAGAAGAAAUAAGAUACAUGUUUGCCUUGUACUUCAUGCCUUCCUGCUUUUUGCUCGGGUUUAGUCAGCAUCUUCAAGACACACACCUUGUUGGUAGAAACCGUCAUCCGACGAGGCUCGAUCUUCGGCCAACAUAGACCAUACGCCGUUAUAAUUCGUCCAACAAAAAGGUCCCAGCG